AUGUCGACCUUUGGCGAGCACUUCAGGGUCACCACCUAUGGCGAGUCCCAUUGCCGGUCCGUCGGCUGCAUCGUCGACGGCUGCCCGCCGGGCAUGGCCCUGACCGAGGCCGACAUCCAGCCGCAGAUGACACGCCGCCGCCCGGGCCAGUCGGCCAUCACCACGCCGCGCAACGAGAAGGACCGCGUCGAGAUCCAGUCGGGCACCGAGUUCGGCAUCACCCUCGGCACCCCGAUCGGCCUGCGCGUCAUGAACGAGGACCAGCGGCCCAAGGACUACGGCAACGCCACCAUCGACAUGUACCCGCGGCCCUCGCACGCCGACUGGACAUACCUCGAGAAGUACGGCGUCAAGGCCUCCUCCGGCGGCGGCAGGAGCAGCGCACGCGAGACAAUCGGCCGCGUGGCGGCUGGUGCCAUCGCCGAGAAGUACCUGCGCCUGGCCUAUGGCGUCGAGAUCGUCGCCUUCGUCACCAGCGUCGGUGGCGUCCACCUCUACCCGCCGACCGCCGAGCACCCCAGCCCCAGCACGAACCCGGAGUACCUGCGCCUGCUGCAGGGCAUCGACCGCGCCACCGUCGACAAGUUCCUGCCCGUGCGCUGCCCGGACGAGGACGUCUCGCGACGCAUGGAGGACCACAUCGCCGAGUUCCGCGACCGCGCCGACAGCAUCGGCGGCACCGUCACCUGCGUCAUCCGCAACGCGCCCUCGGGGCUGGGCGAGCCGUGCUUCGACAAGAUGGAGGCCCUGCUGGCCCACGCCAUGCUCUCCAUCCCCGCCACCAAGGGCUUCGAGAUCGGCUCCGGCUUCGGCGGCUGCGAGGUGCCCGGCUCCAUCCACAACGACCCAUUCAUCCCCGCCGAGACCGCCCAGCGCCUCGAGACCGGCGCAGACAGGGCGGGGCUGCCACGCCCCAAGCUCACCACCAAGACAAACUACAGCGGCGGCAUCCAGGGCGGCAUCACGAACGGCGCCCCCAUCUACUUCCGCGUCGGCUUCAAGCCCCCGGCCACCAUCGGCCAGGAGCAGACCACCGCCACCUACGACGGCACGGGUGAGGGCGUUCUCGCCGCAAAGGGCCGCCACGACCCCUGCGUCGUGCCGCGCGCCGUGCCCAUCGUCGAGGCCAUGGCCGCCCUGGUCGUCAUGGACACGGUGCUGUCACAGCAGUCGAGGAGCCUGGCGCGUAGCCUGCUGCCGCCACUAAACGCGAAGGACGCUGGGGAGAACGGCAAGGCGGCAUAG